AUUUUUUGAAUUGCAUUACAUCGAUGAACGGCACAUGAAUUUUUUUUUUAAUUUUAUUGCGAAAUAUGUUGUUUCGUAUCAAAUUAUUGCAAAAUUUAAUUAUUAUCAACAAUGCACGACGAAUCAUGUCUUCGAAAGUUGAAAGAUCAUUGAAAGAUUUAAAUUUCGAUAAUCAAAUAUUAAAAUGUUUGCCAAUCGAUCCUGUUAAAGAGAAUUAUGUUCGAACCGUUAAGAAUGCCUGCUAUUCAUUGGUCAAUCCAACUCCUUUGGAUAAUCCUCGAUUGGUUUGUUAUUCAACAAAUGCUCUUCGUUUGUUGGAUUUAAAUUCCGAUUCGUUGAAUGAUGAUGAUGAUUAUGCUAUCAAAUGUUUUGCCGGGAACACAGUGAUUCCUGGAUCUGAACCGGCAGCUCAUUGUUAUUGUGGUCAUCAAUUCGGCAUAUUCGCUGGCCAACUUGGCGAUGGUGCAGCCAUUUAUUUGGGUGAAAUCAUCAACUCACAUCAUGAACGGUGGGAAUUACAAUUGAAAGGUGCCGGGCCAACUCCAUAUUCACGUGAUGCUGAUGGUCGAAAAGUUUUACGAUCAAGUUUACGAGAAUUUUUAUGUAGUGAAGCUAUGCAUCAUCUUGGAAUCUCUACCACAAGAGCUGCUACUUGUAUUGUAUCGGAUACAAAAGUCUUACGUGAUCAAUUUUAUGAUGGUCAUCCAAAAUUGGAACCUUGUACGGUGAUAUCGAGAAUCGCUCCAACAUUUCUACGAUUUGGAUCUUUUGAAAUUGUUCGUAAACUAGAUCCAGCUUCAGGUCGUUGUGGUCCGAGUGUUGGAAAUCAUCAAUUAUUACGAACGAUGGUCGAUUUUGCAAUCAGAUCUUAUUUCCCUGAUGCACAGGAUGCAAAUGAAUCACCUGUCGAAAAAUAUAAAAAUUUCUUUCACGAUGUUGUUAACCGAACCGCAAAACUUGUUGCCCGUUGGCAAGCAUUCGGAUUCGUACAUGGUGUUCUCAACACGGAUAAUAUGAGCAUUUUAGGUUUGACAAUCGAUUAUGGCCCAUUCGGUUUCCUAGAUCGAUUCGAUCCUGAUCAUAUACCAAACACAUCUGAUCAUGAUGGACGAUAUCGUUUCAAAAAACAGCCAGAAAUGUGUCUAUGGAAUCUAUUGAAAUUUGCUGAAGUUUUAGAACCAUUGGUCCCAUUCACAGAGUUGAAAACAAUCAUCAAAGAUUCUUAUUACGAAACUUUUGCCAACGAAUAUAUCGAUAUAAUGAGACAAAAGUUUGGCCUGUCGAAAAAAAUUACCGAAAAUCUUGAUAAUGAUGAAAUUUUGAGCGAUAAAGAGCUUAUUGAAAAAUUUCUCGAAACACUUGAUCUUGUUGGUGGUGAUUACACCAAUUGUUUACGAUAUCUAAAUAUUUUAAUCAGUCCUGGAUUGGAUGAACAUGACGAUAGUAUGGAAAGAUUGAAGAAUGAAUUAAUGAAACAAACAAGCAGUUUUGAAGAUGCUAAAACAUUCUAUGAAAAAUUUAUUCAUUCACCAAUGGCUUAUAUGAAAAUGGUUUUGUUGCAAAGUUUUCCAAAUCAAUCGCCAGAUGAAGACAUGAUAUCAUUGUUACAGAAGAUUGAACGCUACAAAUAUUUGAAUGAAAUUGAUGAACACGAAUAUUUGGAACAAUGCCAGAAUUAUUGGAAUGAAUGGCUUAUUGCCUAUGUUAAACGUAUUGAAUUUGAAACAAAAAUGACCGAUAAAGAUGGAUUGAACAAAUAUGAUAAUGAACGACGAAUAUUAAUGAACUCUGUGAAUCCUCGAUAUGUAUUACGUAAUCAUCUUGUUCAGAAAGCCAUCAUGAAAGCUGAACAAGAAAAUUUUGAUGAAGCCCGACGACUACUACAAGCAUUGGAAAAACCGUUUGAUGAAAAUUCAAAUUUCGAUGAUUACACUGAACGUCCAUCUCGAUCAAUGUGUGAACUUCGUGUUUCAUGUUCCUCGUGAUAAUUUUGUUUUAUUUUUUUUUGUUUUAUUAUUAUUACAUAUAUUUUAUUCUUUCCAUGUUAUUUUGUUGAA